AUGUUACCUAAUAUAACAGGUGGAUUACAAUGGACAACAGCAAUUUAUAGAAAUAAAAAUGGUACAGAUGCUAAAGUAAGUGCAGAUGGAUAUUAUACAAUAUGUAAUGCUACAGCCAAGAUAUAUGAUGUAGCUGCUCAUGCAACGUCUAAUGACACGUGGGAAAAAGCAAGUAUGGUCAAGAAUUUAGACUCGCGGCUUGUGUUUACAUCAGGUGAUAUUCAACAAAAUGGUACUCUUAUUCCAAAUUUAGAAACUAAAUGUACAAAUUGUGAAUUUAUUGGAGCAGAGAAUGGUAAUCUGACUAUGGCUUUAGCUUUUGCUGGUAAAGUAAGAGCACUACUCUUUUUAUUGGGAGGAUUUGCAAACGUUGGUGUUGAUGGAAAAGGAUAUCCUCUACCAUCUGAUAUAUGGCUUGGUAACAAUUAUUCGAGAUUUUUUGUCAACAGUUCGGAUGAUGCUGCACAAAUAACAAAUAGAUUUCAAAAUAGGUUUAUGGUUGCAUUAAGCGAAGUUAAUAAAGUAUCUGAUGGAAUGAAAGUGGAAUUACAAGUUGAAGAAAAGUAUACAUGCGUUGUUAAUCGAUGGCCAGUAAUUUAUUCACUAUUGGUGUUAUCCGGAUUAAUUGGAUUGAUUGGAUGCUACUAUAUUCUUAGUAUGAAAUCGAAAUUUAUUGAUAUUGGACCAAGGAGUUUGCUAGCUAUAGGAACAACUUAUGAAACACAACAGUCGCUACGUAGUACUAAAGUACUUGGAGAGAAAAACAUGGACAUUUUUAAUAGUCGCAAUUUAUGUCUUGUAAACGUUGAUCACCAAAAUGUUGCUCUUA